GUUUCUGGAACGAUCCUGCAGCCCCUUGUACUUCAGUGGCAGCUGUGAGAAAGAUUAUUUCUAUAUGUAGGGAAACCCCAAACCCUCACCACAGCUACCCACAAGGUGUCUGGAGCGCUGGGCCAUAAAAUCGAGAUGAAUUAGGGCAGAUUCUGAGAGAGGAAGAGAGAGGAAGCGAGAGGAGGAGAGAGGAAGGGGGCGGAGAUACUGCCUAUAAGUUACUGGCGUCACCAUGAGAGACAUCGCAGAGACUGGGCACCCUACGCCAGACCGUCUGAGCGUGGACCCGUGGAGCGGAGAGACCGUGGAAUGGCGGAACAGAUAGGUUCCUCCGGAGUAGGUGACAUCAGUGAGCAAGGCACACACAGGGGAAGACAUUUCUCGGACAACCUCGAUGGUCCCCUGCUGGUUCCAGUUCCAUGCGCUGUCCUUGUCGUGGUCAUUAUCACCACUUUGACCCUUUCCAUCAUCACCUUGUCAGUGGGAAAGUACAACUGCCCCGGCAUCUGGGAGAACCAGGAGCCUGGCAAGAAUGUCAAGUGCCCAGCUUCCCCCAUAUCAUGCCCGGAUGACUGGAUUGGAUUCCGAGGAAAAUGUUACCUGCUCUCCAAUAUCCCAGACACUUGGAACGCCAGCAAAAGAUUCUGUUCUAACCUCAAUGCGACUCUCACUAAGGUUGAGUCAGAAAAGGAUCUGGACUUUCUGAAACGGCUAACGGGUACCAGUGAGCACUGGAUCGGAUCCAUCAGCGGAACCAUUCAGGGCUUGAGUUGGACAACCAGUAACCUACUCAGCAACAGCUCCUGUCACUACCUAAAAGGCACGACCAGUGGACGAAAAGACUGCCAAGAAAGUUUAUUAGGGAUAUGCAGCACAUCCUCCACACGUUGAACAGGAGAAGCAGCGAAGGCAAUCUCUUGGGGCCACAGCAAACCACGUCAGUCGGUGCUAGUCUGACUUUGGACAUUCUGUUUCAAGACCUUGUAGGUCUAGGAACCCAGUCAGGGCUUCAAGAGAAAAAGAAAGGGAAGAGGUUUGCCUUCCCAACAAAACUAAGUCUACCGGACAGUGGUCUCUCUGCGGGGAUGUAGGCCACACCAAACCCCAAAUUCGUGGAGACCGAUGGUACGCAAUGUUUGGCAAGGGAUCUUUAUAUUGGACUUGCACUUUAUAUUGGCUCAGUUCCCAGUGAUCUGUCAUAUCACAAAGGGCAUAGGAAAGUGACAAGUUAUUUUAUUAUUUAUUAUUUGCUGACCUCCGGUAGUGGAAUGUUGUUGAACAAGCCACGGGCCUGGGCUACGCGGGUCAAAAGUGUGUUGUUGUCAAGUGUGUCACAAACCCACUUACCUUCAUUUCUGUGGCAGCAAAGACCAGUAUGCCAGUAUGAAAGACCCCAAAAUUCCAUUUAUUGAAAAAUGGAAAACCUUUUUUUUCCAUAUUUUUCUGGAGAGUUGAUUGACUUUGCAAUGUUGUUCCAGGAAGAUGGAAGGAGUGACCCGUAAAAUCAGUGACGUCUCUGAUUCCUGUAUUUCUGUUAGGCUUCUGUUUAUGGAUGUAUUUAUUUUCUCUUCAUUUUAAAAUUCUGAUUUAUAGAAUGCGUAGGUAACUUUGUUCAUCCCCCUGUUGCUGAAAAUCGGCUUGGAAGGGUUUGCACAAUGUGGGAUCUUAUCGUCAAAGGAGUUUAGGAAACAAAUUGUACCAAAUGUGUUUUUUCCAAAUAGAGGGGAAAUAGAAAUAGGAUUGAUCAAAACAUUCUGGAUGAUUAGCAGAAAUCGAUGUUUCCAUGUGCAAUACUGUUGGGUCUGGAAUCUUCUGUGUGCAAUAAACUGAUGGUCUGAUAUUAAGCUGAAGUUGUUAGGAAAGCAACUCAAUGUGCAAUAGGGGCUUUGGUACAUAACUAAUAAAUGAAAUCUGAUGACAAUGAAAGAA